AUGGACUCGAGCCGCCUCACACCCUGCAGAGUCAUACUUCUCAUACUCCUCCUCGGUCUCCAUUAUUUCACAGGAGCCACUCCCAACGACGAUUUCGUGGCGGAAGUCCGCGACUCAGAGGAGUAUCGGGCCCUCAGCGACGAAGGUCUAUGCGCGCAGUGUCCCUUUGCUGGCGUCGAUGAGGGCAGCGGCUGCUUCGGCCGCAAGUCCGCCGCAGAAUACUCCACCUGCGCUGAGAAAACAUGUUUCUGUGCCCAAGAGAGCGUGAAUACGACAGUGAACUACAUUAUGGACUUUGUGCGGGACAAGUGCCCCGGUGAACAAACGUGGCCGGGCACAGCGAUUCAGGCGGCCGAUUCGUAUACAGGGUAUUGUGGUCUCGCCGCCGUUCGUCCUCUUCCCAUCGAGGAACCACUUUCGACUUCUGCGUCUAGUGCGCCACUGCCGACUUCCUCGGCUACAUCAAGUGCGCCUGCGACAUCCUCUACCAGCGAUGACGAUGGAGGUGGAGGUGGAGGCCCCGGGCUCUCAACAGCAGAUAUCAUUGGUAUUGUGAUGGGUGUUCUCGCCCUUCUUAUUGCGGCUAUAGGCAUUUGGCUGGAUCACAAGAACCGAUGGUUACGGAGAUGGUUUGGGGUGACGGCGCAAGGAGCAGCCGAUCCCGAGGACCAACCACGCCGGAAUUCCGACAGAUUCAAUGUUCACUUUAAUAAUCUAGUUAUGGGACAGCGACAGGAACACCGGUAG